AUGUCUUCCACCGAUGUUCCGACUGGGGAGGUUAAGGACAACGAAUAUGUCUCCCGCCAGGGUGACCGUCAGCCCAUCAGCGUUAUCAACGACGACGCCAAGGUCGAGGAUCCCAUUGAUGACGAGACUGCUGACUCUGACGCUCAACUUGAGCGUGAUGAAAAAGAUGCUAUUGACAAGAGCAACAUCUUGGAUGAGCGCACUCGUGGUGCUCAGCCCGCCGGCGAUUACCGUGAGCCCGGUGAUACCGAAGGUCUUGAGGACAGUCGCCUUGAGUAG